UCUAGACGACCGACCAAGUACAAAACGAAGCCGGCGGCAAACACAUUGUUGCGGUUUGUUGCUAGGUUCCUUUCUCGAUGUUUUAGCACGCACCAUUCCCGCAAAGAUGCCUUCGUCUCCCAAGCGCAGGAAAGAACGCGAACGGCCCAGGCGCCGGAAGCGCUCUCGGGACCGUAGUGAAAGAGACCGUUCCGUAGGUCGCGACCGAAAACGUUCAUCCGAGCGGGAAAGGGAUCGUGAUCGUGACCGCGAUCGUAGCAGAAGAAAGUCUAGAUCCAGAUCAAGAUCGCGUUCGAGAUCGAGGUCGUACGAGCGCAAUCUAGACAAACCGAUGCCAUCGACAUCGUCACGGCGUGCGGCACAAUUGAAACCGAUGGUACCGGAGUCCGAGCUUGAAGGUAAAACACCCGAAGAGCAGGAGAUGCUGAAAACCAUGGGCUUCUGUGGAUUCGACUCGACCAAAGGCAAAAAGGUGGAAGGGAACGAUGUCGGCGAGGUUCACGUCAUAUUGAAGCGCAAGUAUCGCCAGUACAUGAACCGUAAGGGUGGUUUCAAUCGACCAUUGGACUUCGUUGCGUAACCAUGGGGCGGUUAUCCUUGCUACUCCGGAUGCUAAGCGACAACAGGAAGUCAUCAAAAGUGUGCCCGGUGCGCGAGCGGAUGAAUACUACACUGCCACGUUAUAACCCUACAUAUCAGGGUCGAGAAGUGCUAAACAUUUGCAGCUUAGCUUAUCCUCUCAGGGGUAACCACUGUGUAGGGAAAAAGGCCCACCACCGACUCUACCCUAUUGGUGGGGGUGGUGUUUUUUUUUUCGUUCCAUUUCUGUUUCCCAAUCGUACAACCUCAUCAUGUUUUAACAAUCGCAUCUAAUUUGCCAUCUUGCUAGGGAACUAGCGCACAUUCAUAUUUUUCAUCCUUCAUAUAGUAAGCGCUCUUCUUCUGUCUCAUUCUUAUUUCACACUUUACGUUCGUAUCCACAAUGAUGGUAUAUUUAAAUGUUCAACCUCACCGACAUUCCUUUUCCCACUGCAAACAGCCUUGCGUGCCUGCCUACCUGCCUGCGACAUAUCGCGACGGUUUUGGGCACGUGUCACCACAACCAUAGCCAUACAAUAGUCAUGCAACCGAUCACCUCACCACAUAAACACAAACUGCAACACGGGUUCCAUAUUACAACAAUAGUUAUUUUUCAUAUACACCAUAUACAAAAUUUACCACACACAACCACCACACAAUGCAAUAGCCAAAACACUACGCACGACGGGUCCAGGCCGUUGGGAGCGCUGCACGGCCAACCGUCUGCCCGCGCACCGUACUGCUCUACGCCGACGGUGCGCCAUACAGAUGUACGGCAGCAACUUGCAACGCGCUCAACCGGUAUGCCGGUUCCAUCAUACCGAAAGUUCCACAGCUAUCUCGAAAAUGCAUUCGGGAGUCCGCCAACGGUUCGAUUCGCAUCUACCGCUUUUGUCCUGUUAAGUUUCUCCCGUACAUCGCCCUCACGUGCCUCACUCACCACGUGGUCGUGUACUGCUCCCAUCUGUGCGGGCCGGUGCGUAGUGUCCAAUAUAUACCUCAACCACGCAGUAAAGUAACACAUUAACAGAAACACUCCAAAAUGAAAUACCAUACAAGAACAAUAGAUACAAUAUCAACAAAUUUAAAUAUACCUCAUAUUUUUAGCGACUUAAGCAUUAUACAUAGAAUUACUGUGCUGUAUCCAUCCUCCAGACAGCUUAUCGUAUGAAAGCGUUUCACCUGUUUCCGUUUCUCUGUAACGUAUUAUCACCGUUUCUCUGUUCUUGAAUUAAAUAAGAAAUUAGACACAACUGUAAUAUGUUCGAACUCAAGCGAAUGAUGUGUUAAGAAGAAAUAAAUAAAAAAAGUUUUGUUGUUUUUUUACAUGCA